CUCCACUGUGUGUGCUGCCAUGGAUGCCGGUCAAGUGUCGACGUUGAAGUCGAAGAAGCUUCUAAGUUCGCCGGCGCCGUCGGAUCGGGAGGUUUCUGUUCCGAGCCUGGACCCGCUGAGUGUGAAGACCCCAGGGAAGCCGGUGGACCAGCCGCGGAGGCUGCGCAACCGCGGAGUGGCUUUUUCCGUUGAGGAUGUCAGGAAAGCGGCGAUGAAGCUCCGGGAACGGGUAUCCGAUCCGCCUCCGAGUGCCGACGCGCUUUCGAUUUCAGAGGAACCGGAGAUUGCAAAACUGAAGAAGUCGGCUGCUGCUGAGGUAGAGCUUCCCGCAAAAUACGAGUUGUUGGAAAAAUUCUUCAACAGUUUGGAUUCUUCAAUUAGACUGCUCCAAUUGAAGAGAUCUGCAACAACAUUUAGUAAUAUUAACGCCCAAAUAGGAACUUUGACUGAUAGGAGAUUUACAUACAGACAUUUAGCUCAAUUGAAAUUCAUCUUGCCUGAGGCCAUUGUGCUGGAGAAAACACUUCAACAUGACGAGCGCACAAGCUGUAUGAAACCUGAUCUCCGCAUUACAUUGGAUGUUGAAGCAAUCAAGAGCAAAGGCAAGUCAAAAUCUGGGAAUUUACAGCUGCGAAAAGUAUUCCGCAACCGGCUUCUGCAUUUCUUCAAAUCUCAUCCAGAGGGUGAUGAAGUUCCAGAGGAAAUGCUACCAGAGCCAUUUAAUCGAUCAAAGGAGGCGAAUUCAACCCAGCCUUCUGGCACAUCCUCAACUGGUCAGACACGGGGUGUAGCAUCCCCAGGAUUGUCGGUCAGAGCCUCACUUCUGCCUCCAUCAUUUAAAAGGAGCUUUUCACAGCGGGAUUCUGGUCAUCAAGUGGAAAAGCUAAAGCAAGAACUGUCUUCACUCAGUGGUCCUGCUCUUCCUUCAACUGAUUCUGAAGAUAACCAUGUUGGAGGUAGCUUCCAUCAUACAGAAGAUAGUGAAAUUGCCAGAAUUUCAGCUGGGGAGACAUGUUCUUCAUAUGAAGAUUCUUUAAGCAGUGAAAUGCCGUCUACUUUCCCCAACACCCCCAACACCCAGGUGAAAUCUAUCAAUACUGUGAAGGAUGAUGACAUGAAUUCUGUAAUUAAAACACCAGUGAACAUGUCAUCUACUCCAAUGAGUGCAAUGCCUGCACUUCAAUCUGCUAAAAGAUGUAACAUGAGCCCAGAUAAAGAUUCAUGCAGAACGCCUAGCAAACUUGUUAGACGGCCGCCCCCAAAUAGGCAUCUGAAAUUUGAUACUCCGGUGAAGAGUGUGAACAAUGAUGGUAAUAAUGAUGGUCUGAGAGGGCCCUCAUCAGCUCGUGGUGACAUCUUCAACAUUCUCCCAGAGAGUCUAAUACAAUCUAUUCAAGAAAAGGAGAGAUUGGCAUCAAUUGAGCAGGAGCCAGCAAUCUCUCAAGCAAUGAGGCGUCGGAAAAUGAUCGCGUGCCUACCCAAGCUCUUUGACAAGAUUUAUUUCUUCUUCCAAUCAAUCAGACGCGCAGUCGUCACUAAAGAGGAACUGAUUCAGAAACUAAUCAGCCAACUAGACAUUGUUGACAAAGAGGAGGUGGAAGAGCAGCUCAGAUUGCUGCAAGAACUCGCUCCAGAGUGGAUUUAUGAGAAGCCUGCAUUGAGUGGGGAUCUACUCUUAUGGUACACGCCCCUCCCGAUAUCAUCCUUCACUCGUUUUUUAAUUUUAUCUCAGCCUGUUAUUCUCUCUUGCAGUAUCAACAAGAUUUCGAGCCCAGAAGCCAUGCGUAUGAGGCUGUCUGAGGCGAUAUGAAAGAAGCAAGAAAUCAUGUAAAGGGCAUUUUGAUAAUGAGAGUGAGUGUUACAAUCUUUUUACCACGGCAGUAAUGCUGGAUUUUGCUCUUCUUUGAGUUUGAGACAGAAUGAAUAGGUCUUUUUAUCCUCGGUGUUUCUUCUUUUUGUAGCUAGGCUAACAUUUUACUGCUGCAUUUAGCGUAGGGUGCAGCUGUAUAUUCUUUUAAUCGGUUUCUGUAAUUAUAUGAUCAUCUGGGAAAAUAGAAAUUUUGUUGGAUUU